AAAACACUCAGGCAGCCCAGAAGCCCCGUUAUCAUCUCCAGUCGCGUUAUUGCAUCGACGCACAAAUAGUCAAGGAAAUUACAAACACAAAAACAAUCGAGGAAAACUGUUGCAGGAGUAAGCACGUAUUUUAAAGGAGGAGUGAGCGAGCGAACGAACGAGAGAGAUAGAAGAAAGAGAGAGAGAGAGUAAGAGGGAGGAGGGAGAGAAGUGGAGGGAGGGUGAACAAGAAGAAAUUCAUUGCAAUUAAUAAUAAAAAAGAGUUGGCAGUCGUGCUCGGAAAACUGGCAUGGUUUUUGGGAGGCUGGCAGUUCAAAGUUGAAACGUCAGAAAUGACUCCAAAAGACUAUUGAGAUGAUCAUUAAGGGAGACUUAGAUCGGAUGGCAGCAGAGAUCGGGCAUCCAGGUGGCGGUCUGAAGUCAAUGCUGGAUGCCAUGGAAGUCCCAAGUCAUGCUAGGCACCUCCUUUUGCAACUGAACACACAACGCACCAAGGGCUUUUUGUGUGAUGUCAUCAUCGUGGUGCAGAAUGCACUGUUCCGGGCUCACAAGAACAUUCUGGCAGCCAGUAGCCUCUACCUUAAGUCUCUUGUUAUUCACGAUAACCUCAUUAAUCUGGACCAUGAGAUGGUCAGUCCAGGUGUCUUUCGGGUCAUUCUUGACUAUAUCUACACGGGUCGGUUAAGCGAAGGUGACCCCACCUCCCCAACUGAGCCUAAUAUAGGGGCAGUGCUGGCUGCUGCAAGUUACCUGCAACUGCUAGAUCUUGUGGCUCUAUGCAAAAAGAAACUAAAGAGGAAUGGGAAAUACCAUUUACGCCCUAACCCUGGGUUCUUACCAUAUAAAUUAGGUUCCAGUGGGAUGGGGGGAGGACGAUUUCGAGUCUCUACUCCUGUUAUUCAACCGACACCAUUUGACGUCUUGCCUACCCUUCCGCUGCCCCGUCAUGGAGGAGAGCUUUAUGCCCCAGCUCUAGCACAGGGGCCUCCACCUUACCCCCCAACAAAAGCAUCCUUGUCACCGCGGUCAGGUCUGCACUUACCCCCCACUGACGGUAACUGCUCAUCCCUCUACUGCCUUGACCUGUCCAAAAAAAGUCCCAGUUCCCAAUCUCAGCUUCCUUCCAGCCACCCACACUUGAUCUCCUCCCUCCACCCAGAUGAAGAGCCUGAAGGCGAGUUGGACCAAAGCACCAGCCCCUUGCUCAGCCCCAAUGAUGGCUCCCGUAAAAUGGAGACAGCUCACCACAAUGUGCCUUUAAACCCACAUCCCUUUCCUCUGUCCAACCAUCCCCUUGCACAACAUCUUCCUCACCUGCACCGUUCUCAGGACCAGGAGCCUUACCCCUGCCCUCCCAGCCCUGAGCCCAUGGACGAUUCCAGAGAACAAAGUAGAGAACGGUCAAGCAUCUACCGCUGGGUUAAGAACGAACCCUCUAAUCCAGAGGAUGAAGAUGAGGAAGAUGAUGAGGAGGACAGUGGAGGAAUGAAUGGGCAGGAUAAAGACAGACAUCACAUGAAUCACCAUAAAAACAGUGAGGAAAAGAUGAACAUGAGUGAGAGGGGCUUUGACAGAGGAACAGUUACUUGUGACGAUGGAGAAGAUGAGAAUGGCACGGGCAGUGAGGAGACGGGAAGCAGUGAAGGGCGUUCGUCUCCUACUGGUGCCGGUGGAAGAUAUCACAUGCCAUAUGAGCCAGAGAGUUUCGGAGAUAACCUAUACGUGUGCAUCCCCUGUGACAAAGGCUUCCCCAGCUCGGAGCAGCUCAAUGCUCACGUUGAGACUCAUACAGAGGAAGAGCUUAACAAUGGAGGUGAGCUGGACAACAGCAGUGGCAAACCUGCCAAUUCCCAUGGACCUACAAGCUCAAACAGCUCAAGUGGUCUGCACAGCCCAUUCCUUGACAGCAAAGCAGUGCAAAACCAUCAUCCUAUUGGCCUUGGGGAGAUCAUACGACCAUAUCGCUGUUCAUCCUGUGACAAGUCCUAUAAAGAUCCCGCCACACUGCGACAACACGAGAAGACCCACUGGCUGACACGCCCGUACCCUUGUAGCAUCUGCGGCAAGAAGUUCACCCAGCGUGGUACCAUGACGCGCCACAUGCGGAGCCACUUGGGCCUGAAACCCUUUGCGUGUGAUGCCUGCGGUAUGCGCUUCACACGGCAAUACCGCCUUACAGAGCACAUGCGCAUCCACUCCGGAGAGAAGCCUUAUGAAUGCCAGGUGUGUGGAGGCAAGUUUGCUCAGCAGCGUAAUCUCAUCAGUCACAUGAAGAUGCACAGCAGCGGAGGGGCCGGCGGAGGACUCACCCCUGAUGGCAAGUUGAAGAUAGACUUCUCCGAAGGCAUUUAUCCCUUGAGCAAGUACACGGCUGAGCAUUUGGGUCUGAAGCAGGAGAAACCCUCAGAUCUUCUUAUAGCCUCUCAGCAUCUGCUGGCUGACGCCAAAGUCAUUGAGAGCCUCUACCCACUGUCAAAGCUGGCGGCUGAACACCUCGGCCUCACCCACAGCAAGAUGGACAUACUGAAUCAGUCACUUCCACCCCCACACCAGCAGCUCCCAGCAGAGACCCGCACGAUCGAUCGCUACUCUCCCAGCUAGAGGGAGAACCACUAAAUAAAUCUUCCAAAGAGACAUCACUGUAUACCAUUCACAGUAUUCAACUCACACCUCAUCUUCAUUUGAACCUGCACCUCAGAUCGGAGGCCGGAAAGUGUUGGCCAUAAAAUGCACACAAACUGUGUCUGACUUCUAAACGUGCCUUUUGCAGAUUCCGCAGUAAAUGCAUUUCUUCUUUCUGAAAGGAGAAGACUGCUUUAUUUAUAAUCUUUUCUGACGGCGGACACUCAGCCGAUGCAGUAUUUAUAUAAAAGCAACUUCUUUUUUGUUCAAUCACCGAGCCAAAAAACCAAUUGAAAACCAAAAAGAGAUUGUUUUUAUUUAUUUUUCGUUUUUUUUUCGUUUUGAAUGUUGGAAAAGCCAAAGAGAAAAUGUUACAGAAGAGUGUUGCAAUCGUAGUACCCUAAACUUGUGUACUAAGUAUUUACUAAGUGGUGUAUAUAAAAUGACAAAGCACAUAUGAACAAUAUUCAGGGCUACUGUCCAGAUCGCAGAAGGAUGUCUGCCAAAUCAAAACAAAACAAAGCCAAAUCUUGGGGAUUUUCAUAGUAAUUGGAGGACUUUUUAUAGACUAUUUUUGGAGUACUGGAUCACCUGUAUCUGAUUUUCCAACUUUGUGAAUGGCCCAGUUUUUCCAUACUAAAAGGGAGCAACUUUCAGAAGAGAGUGUUUGUUCCAGGAUUUAGGUAAAGUGCUCUAAGCUUUUCUCUGCAUUGAUGUAGUUAUCCCCUUCAACACAGAGUCUACAGAGAGUGUCAUUUCAUUUUUUGGACCUUCUGGUGUAUGGUCUUGCUUUUUAGUGCUUUUAUGUUUCCUUUUCUUUCCUCCAACUCUCUUUUACUUCACAGACCCAAAAGUGCCUUUAACUUGUCAUUGAAAAAGUAGCAAGUGCUGCCCUGUGAUCUCACAACUGGAAUAUAUUUGAGCAUAUUCCGAUCAUGAUAUAAUGUAUCCACGUGUUUCGCUCCAUCUGGUGUGACAGACCAAACAAGGGUGUUGCUUUGAAAAUGGAGUAAUAUUUACAACGGAACAAUAGAACCCAAAUGUUUUCAAUGAACCACAGCGUCUACGCAACGCUUUUAGAUAAAUGUUUAACUAUAACAGUGACACCACUUUUGCUACAAAUUCAGUGUAUAUUCAGUGUGAACAAACUGUCACGCAUUUGCAAAUGAUGGAUUUAGCCACACCUUUAAGAGCUUUCUCUGUCAAUUGUGCGCAAGGGUCUCCUCACCCCUAUUAUGGUGCAGUUAAUUUCAGGCUAAUGUGACGGUUUUAACCCGGCAGGGCCCCACACGCGCACACGUAAAUCCGCUAAUGUGACAACCAUCUGAACAUGAGGAGCAGAUCUUGCCCUCUCUUUCUCUGAUACUGUGAGCACUACUAGCAGCAGCUGGUCCAUCAGGCUAAGCCCUGUGAAAUUUCACAUUUUCGAAGGCUUUUCGCGCUCGUCUGUCCCACUGAUGUGAGAUUUUAUGCCAGCUGACAAGGCCUUGUGAUCUGACGCUGCCUGAACAUACACCCUAAUCCCUCAGAUACUGCACUAAAUAUGCCAUAAAGUAAAAUAAUCUGCAAAUCUAAACAAUCAUCAAUCUGUCAAUGCUAUCAAGCAACAGAACGCACAGCAGCCUGUUAGGUGUUAGGGUCACAGCCACGCUUGUUUCCUUUUUGUAGUAUUAAAAUGAAUUUUGCCUCUAAAUAAAUCACGUUUUACUGCAGAUGUAAAUGCAUAUGAUGUGAUAAAACACAUUUUAUAGCAGUGUUCCAAAAACCAUGUUGAUGGUCUUUUCUCUCAGACUUAAUUUUCUGGUUGUACGAUUUGUACAAUUACAACCUCAGUGGGUGAAUGUGAAGAUUAAACCAUGAAUGCACUGUGAAAGACACAUUUGAAAGCUUUAGAGCUUGGUCAAAAUUGAACACAUUGUGAUGGGUGUUUGGAACACAUUACUGAGGCUUUGUAGCAUGUCACUAAUCAAAGUUUUUCUUUUUUAAUCUAUUUAACUAUUAAACAAAAGUCAACAAGGUCAAAUUGGUGCUUAACUCAGGACUGAGCCCCUAUGUCAGUGGGCACAAAGCUUUGGCAAUAGUUUGGCACACAAAAUACUCUCUUUCUCAUACAAAAGAAAUGUAUAGCCUACAGCAAAACUUAAGCACACUCUUUAGGGAGGGAUUGUAAUGAAUUUAAACCUGUGGUUGUUUAAAAAUGCUAAAAAUGUUAUAUUGUUUUCUGAAAUGAUUUUUUUUAAACUUACCUGUUUGUUGGUUUGUUUCUGAAUAGCCUAUGCAACUGUCUGUCUAUUUUUACAUUACCAAAAAUACUGUUAUGUAAUUCAAUGGUAAUUUAAUUACCAUAAAAGGCAAAUUGAUAAAUUAAAAUGAUUUUCAUGAUU